UUCCCCCAUUUUAAUCUUCUUUUCAUCUUUGUCUUUGGGUUUUUGUUGGUUUUCGAUUUAGUCAAGGUUUUCCAGCCAUGGCUGCUUCUGGUUUCGAAGGUUUCGAAAAGCGCCUUGAACUCCAUUUUUACAGUGACGACAAUGAUCCGACGGUCACGAUGGGUCUUAGGCUGAUUGAUUUCGAUUCGCUUAAAAAAGUCCUCCGUGUCGUCCAAUGCGCCGUCGUAUCGGCCGUCGGGAACCAUUUCUUCGAUGCUUACGUGUUGUCUGAAUCGAGCUUGUUUGUGUAUCCGACUAAGAUCAUUAUUAAGACCUGUGGGACUACUCAGUUGCUGAAGUCGAUCCGUCCGUUGAUUCACUUGGCGAACGAACUCGGCCUUACGUUGUGCGGCUGUAGGUACACUCGAGGCAACUUCAUUUUCCCUAAAUCACAGCCGUUCCCUCAUGUCAAUUUCAGACAAGAAGUGGUUUACAUUGAAGAGAAUUUACCCGAAGCUCUUUGCUUUAGGAAAGCCUCCGUUAUGCCUUCGAAAAACCCUUCGAAUUCAUGGCAUGUUUUCUGUGCCGGCGACGGUGAUCAUUUAUCGGCUGAAAAUACUUUCACCGUCGAAGUUUGCAUGACGGAACUCGACCGAGUCAUGGCUCGGAAAUUCUUCAAAACAAGCCACGACUCGUCUGUUUCCAAACACAUGACUGAGUUGGCCGGAAUCGACAACAUUAACCCGCGAGCUUUGAUUUGCGAUUUCGAGUUCGACCCUUGCGGUUACUCCAUGAACGGCGUCGACGGUGAUCGUUACUCGACGAUCCAUGUUACGCCUGAAGAUGGGUUCAGUUACGCUAGCUUCGAGUGCGUUGGGUCCGUUUACGAUGACCAAGACGACAUUGUCGAUACCUUGAAGAAAGCGGUUCAGGUAUUCAAGCCGGCGACGGUUUCGAUCUCGACGACGAGCCUUCACCGUCGUGAGGUUUGGACGAGGGUGUCUCGUGCCAUGGAACCGUUUGGACUCAAAUGCCGGAGUUUUGCCAUGGACGAAUUCCCUGCCACCGGUACCGUUGUUUUCCAAACUUUCACGUCGCCUUGUCGGAAAUGAUACCGGAAAAUAAGACAACAUCGUCAACGACAACAAAAGGUAGAUAAAAUGUUAAAAACAGUGAAGUAUAUAGGUGUAGU